AUUUUGUGAUAAUUUAUGAAAUUUUUCUCUUUAAAAAAGUCAACUAAUAAUUUGGAAGAAAACUAUGUCUGGGUCAUAGGUUGUUGCCGGCUCGUUGUUUUAGCAAGAUUCUCCUGUUUUUCUUCUUUACUUUUGAUGUGUGAUCUGUAAGUUCGAUUCUUUUGUGUGUGUAAAUAAAAAAAGGCUAAUCUGAUCCGUACCCAGACUGCGUUUCUAUCUUAAAACUCCGGCAAAGCCCAUUUCGAGUGAACGACCAGAUGACGAUCAGAGAGUUACGGUCGGAAGAAUCAUUUGGUGGUAAUUGUCUGCUUCUGUCGCUUCCAGAAGAUGUGUUUGCUGCUACCUCUCGUUUUCUAUCUCCAAGCGACAUAUGCAACCUACGCUUAUGCUGCAAAAGCCUCUGCGAGCGUGUGGAUUAUUCAGAGAAGAUAUGGUUCGUGCAAUGCGAGCUCGUAGAGGUUCUUCCUUUAUCCGAAAUAGCCCGAUGGAGGAUCGGGAUCUCUUCUUACAAGGCUCUUUGUCGGUUUCUUGUGGAGGUAGUGAAGCCUCUGGUUGGGGUUUGGGUUCACCAAGAACCUGAGCUUGGGAACGUUGUGUACGUGAUGCCUGGCUUCUUGUCUGUUGUUGGUUGCCGGAUCAUCCCACAAAAGGUUGGUCCUUUGGGGAUUCAAGAAGGGAGGGUUAUGUGGUCACCGGUGUUUGAGAUCAUAUGUGAUCACGAUGGCUCUACCAAGUUCUUCCUCCAUGGAAGAGGCGGAGAAGGAAGUUGCGUGUACCCUGGUCUAGUUUCAGGCAUUGACAAGACUUGCAAUGUGCUCUCGCUCGAGGUUGAGCCGAGGCAGGGGAAGAGUGAGGUUCCAUUUCAGAACCUUGAUGAAAGCGAUAGAAGAAACUUAGUCGAUGUAGUGACAGGCCAUGUUGGUCUGCAUGUUUUUGAACCAUCAUUAAGUGUAAAGUUGUUUCCCACAAGGAGAGAAGAUGAAGGGAUGCUGUUGGAACGCAGAACUAUGCUCCUUAAAAUGCAAAAGUUUGGUGAGAACUGGAAGCACAUGAACCUCGAGGAGGAUGGACUGUGUUGUUACAAUCCUACGCAGGAAGACAUAAACGAGAUGUGGGAGAAAAAUUAUGAUCCUUCCGUUGAAUACCUAGCAACAGCCAAAGAAAGAGAGAUUGGAUAUUCGAAUCGCCUGAGCUUUCUUAGCGCUGGUGACACAUUCGGUCUAAGUCUCAAAGCUUCCUACACUGAGAUGUCUUCUUACGAAGGGUGGCCAAACAUAAACGGAAACAACUUUUCUCUCUACAAACUGCCGGUUAACAAUCCCAUGAAUAACCAAGAAGAGCAUGCCGGUUUGUGGGGAGGUACAUUUGGGUGGCCACCUGGGAGAUGCAAUGAAGACGAAACCGGAAGUGCUUUCUAUCUACUGAUGCUCUCUUACGAAGAAUCUGAAAACAACAAUGGGAAACUUCUUAUCGGGACGAAAAUACUUGAAGGCACUGACUAUGUGGACCAUCCUAAUGGAACAGCAAUGUUUGUUGUGGACAUAGACGACACACCUUCCCUUGAGCCCUUUCCGUUUGAUGCAGAUGGAAGAGACUUUGAGCACUCUUACGCAGGAAGGGGUAUCUCAGGUGGUUAUGGUUUCCGUCAUCCCGGUUCAAUACCUGGUUCACUUUAUGUGAUCUCUCAUGAUCAUCUUGCGUUCGUUUGGCAUGAAACUACAGACGUGUUUACUUUUAAAAGAGUAAACCUUGAAGAGAUCUUGAAGAAAGGUUUAGGUACGUGCGUGCCUCCUUUGCCUCCAGUUAAGAACUUUACUUAUUUGGAGAUAUUUUACACAAACGUCUUUAUUGAGUUAUCAUGAUUCAUGAAUCUGUUCGUCUUCCUCCGGGCAAUCUUUGGAAAAAUGGAACACUCUGCAAAGCUCUUUUCUUGUUUCUGAGAUAUAAACUCAUAAUUUCUUUACAACAUCUCAAAUGUUUCUGAGAUUACAUUUAUACAACAUUACUGUUACAAUUGUUUAACAGUUGAUCAACGUUGAAUUUGUGUAAUUUAUAUUUAUACUAGUGGUAUUCCGGCAGCGCCGGGUUUGUAUAUUUUAUUUUUACAUGAA